AUGGCCAGCGCCGCAACCCCACACGAAGAACCCGCCGAAUCACUCCCUCCACCAGCAGCAGCACCGACACCACAAGACCAAACCUCCCCGACACAAUUAUACACCGCGAUCUCACGGUACCCUUUCGGUUCAGACACAGAAUACCAAAGCGGACUGGCCGCGAUCCUAGGUCACCCAUCGACACCCACAACAGAGGCGGAGAUCGCAGAGCAGCACGAGCUGGUCCUGCAGGUGCAGUGUUUCUACUUCGCGAGGAAAUACAACACGCCGCCGGUCGAGCCCGCCGGGUAUGCUGCUUGGUUGAGUGCACGGGGAGGUGAGGGGGAUGGACAGGCACAAUCACAACCACAACCACAGCAAGACAGAGCGGGGCCCUCGACAGGCGUAGCCGAUGCGAUACCGCCGACGCAGACGGCUUCCAGUGUACCACCGGCGUCAGCAUCAGUAGAGCCUCCAAGCCAAAGCCAGACCCAGACAACGCCCAGCACAGCCCAAGCAGCCGACGACGAGCCCCCACCCUACCCGAACUCCUUCGCCGCGAUCGUCGACCUGAUCACACGCAACAUCCCCGUGCCGGGCAUCGAAGAGAUCCCCACGACCGUGCUGGAGCUCGGGUCGAGCAAAGUCGACAAGACGCCGCGGCGGCGGAAGCCGUGGGAGAAGGAUGGCGCUGGCGCCGAUGGAGGAGGAGAGGGAGGAGAGACACAGGGGCAAGAAGGGGUCGUGGCGUCAUCGAGUACGGUGGUCGAUGGCGCGAAGAGGGAGGGUGGUAUUGCUGGUGAUGAUGAUGAUGAUGCGGCUCACGCCACUGCUGCGAAGAGUGUAAAUGAUGGCGUCGUCGACAUCAAUGGGCAUCGCGAAACGGGCGAAGGGGUCGUUGCUAUACUCAAACCGAAUGCUGUGCCCGACAGUGGCUUGCUGUCUAAGGACUAA